CACUUGGGAAGAGCGCACGCGACCACACACUCAUUCAAAAUCUAUAAGAAGGGGAUCACGAGUAUCGCCUACGUAGAUCCGAUCGCCCCCAGCGCAUAGGCUUUACGUCCUCUUAUCCUACAACCCACCGCCAAAAUGCCGCCAAAGAAGCAAGAAAAGCAGGGCGGGGGCAAGAAGCCUUCGGCCACGAAGAUGGUGGAGGACAGGACCUUCGGAAUGAAAAACAAGAAGGGAGCCCAGACACAAAGGCAAAUCGCACAAAUGACGCAGUCUGCAAAGGCUGGCGGAACCCCAGAAGAAAAGAAGAAGGCGGCAGAGAAAGCCCAGGCGGAGAGGGACAAGGCUGCCUCUCUGGCGGCGCAGAAAGAGACAAUGGAGUUGUUCAAGCCUGUGCAAGUCCAGAAAGUGGCAUUUGGCGUGGAUCCCAAGACUGUUCUGUGCCAGUUCUACAAGAAGGGACAUUGCGAAAAGGGAAAAAAGUGCAAAUUCUCGCACGACUUAGCUGUGGAGCGUAAGACGGAGAAGAAAGAUUUAUAUCAAGAUUCGCGAGAGGAGGAAGAGAAGGCAAAGAAGGAGGAGACUUCAGCAGAUUGGGACGAGGAGAAGCUGAAAUCCGUCGUUUUAUCGAAGAAGGGCAACCAGAAGACGACGACUGAUAAGGUCUGCAAGUUCUUUAUCGAGGCAAUCGAGGAAGGCAAAUACGGUUGGUUCUGGAAUUGCCCGAAUGGAGAGAAGUGCAUGUACCAACACAAAUUGCCACCUGGAUUUAUAUUGAAGACCAAGGAGCAACGCGCAGCUGAAAAGGCUCUUAUGGAUAAAUCUCCGCUCAAGACCCUUACACUCGAGGAUUUCUUAGAAAGCGAACGACAUAAGCUGACCGGAAAGCUGACACCCGUUACACCUGAAUCAUUCGCCAAGUGGAAGUCGGAGCGCAUGGACAAGAAGCAGGCAGAGCAGCAGGCACGCGAACAGAAGGAGGCAACCGGUCGUGCUAUGUUCGAGAAGGGUGACUGGAAUAAGGAUAUUGAUGAGGAUGAGGGAGGCGAUGAUGAUGACGCAUGGAACUUGGAGAAGCUGCGCCUGGAGACCGAGGCUAUAAGAGCGAGGAAAGAGGCUAAUCGGAUAGAGGCUGCAGGCGGCCCAUCAGUAAGCCGGCUGGUGGACGAAGGAUCGAAUGACACCGGCGAUGGCUCAGAUGAGGAGGUUGAACCGUCAGCAAAUUAAAAGUGAUUUUCUGCGCGAGGUGUAAAGAAGUGGGUUAUGGGACGGGUUUGUCUUGGGUUUAAUGGCUUCGACAGGAAUUAUGGUCAUGAUAGGAUGGAUCAUUGGCCUUGUUGAACCUCUCAAGCGAUAGGCCAGCGAGGCCAGCAUUGACGCUCAUUCACAUAGAUGAAAUGAUGAUGUACUUGUGGAGAGCCAAAUGCUCUUUGUACACUACGCAUAUACUUUGUCUCUUUCUAAAUAUAUGCAUGUGAGACUCAAAAUGCACCGAGGUUUUAAUACUACGACGAGAUCACUUGUUCAAAAUAGUGUAUUGAACUAAGUACAGUAAUAAACAAACUCCAAGCC